AUGAUCUUACAAAAAAAAAUAUACAUUACAUUACGUGACGGAUCCGUUGCUCUUCUACCAGCUCUUGAAUCAUCGAUUAGUAACCUCAUCAAACUCGUUAAAAGAGCUCCGAGCACCACUUCGUCCAAUCUAGCAACAACAACAGUACCAACAUAUCAUUCAGCAAUUCAUACACCUUCACCAUCAGAUAUAUCAAUGUUUGCUAAUUCAUCUAACCCGUCAUCACUUUAUAUUUCAGCUGCAUCUAAUCCUCUUAUAGAUCAGAUGUCAAAUAGAAUUUCAACAACUAUUAUCGAUUGGCUCAAGAAAAACCAAGAAGAACUAAAUUUAAUGAAUACGAAUUUUCAACAAGGCAUCGAUUUUCUUGUUGAAUUAAAUAAACAACGAGAUGGAAUUAUCUUAGUUGGUGUAAAUGUGGCACGAAAAAUGCUAUUACAUAAAAACGAGGAAUUCUUAGAGUAA